UGGCGGCCCCGGCCCGCGGCCCUGCCAUGCGGGGUCCCCCGGGCGCUGAGGCGUGCGCCGCGGGGCUCGGAGCCGCGCUCCUUCUGCUGCUCUUCGUGCUGGGGGUCCGCCAGCUGCUGAAGCAGAGGCGGCCGGCCGGCUUCCCCCCCGGGCCGUCGGGGCUGCCAUUUAUCGGCAACAUCUACUCGCUGGCGGCCUCGGGCGAGCUCGCCCACGUCUACAUGAGAAAGCAGAGCCGGGUGUACGGCGAGAUCUUCAGUUUAGAUCUUGGAGGUAUAUCAGCUGUGGUUUUAAAUGGCUAUGAUGUAGUAAAGGAAUGCCUUGUUCAUCAAAGUGAGAUUUUUGCAGACAGACCAUGCCUUCCUUUAUUCAUGAAGAUGACAAAAAUGGGAGGCUUACUCAAUUCCAGAUAUGGCCGAGGAUGGGUUGAUCACAGAAAAUUAGCUGUAAAUAGCUUUCGCUGUUUUGGAUAUGGCCAAAAGUCUUUUGAAUCUAAAAUCUUAGAAGAAACCAAUUUUUUUAUUGAUGCUAUUGAAACAUACAAAGGUAGACCUUUUGACCUUAAACAAUUAAUAACAAAUGCUGUUUCAAACAUAACCAAUCUGAUCAUUUUUGGAGAACGCUUCACUUAUGAAGACACGGAUUUUCAGCACAUGAUUGAGUUAUUUAGUGAAAAUGUGGAACUAGCAGCCAGUGCCUCAGUCUUCCUGUAUAAUGCCUUUCCAUGGAUUGGUAUCAUACCUUUUGGAAAACAUCAACAGCUAUUUAGAAAUGCAGCUGUAGUGUAUGAUUUUCUCUCCAGGCUUAUUGAAAAAGCUUCCAUCAACAGAAAGCCUCAGUCACCCCAGCAUUUUGUUGAUGCUUAUUUAAAUGAGAUGGAUCAAGGUAAAAAUGACCCAUCAUGUACUUUCUCCAAGGAAAACCUCAUUUUUUCCGUGGGUGAACUCAUCAUUGCUGGAACUGAAACUACAACCAAUGUGCUUCGGUGGGCAAUUCUUUUCAUGGCCCUUUAUCCUAAUAUACAAGGACAAGUUCAGAAAGAGAUCGAUUUAAUUAUGGGACCCACUGGGAAGCCCUCUUGGGAUGACAAAUGCAAAAUGCCUUAUACUGAGGCAGUCUUGCAUGAAGUUUUAAGAUUCUGUAAUAUAGUGCCAUUAGGAAUUUUCCAUGCAACCUCUGAAGAUGCAGUUGUACGUGGUUAUUCCAUUCCUAAAGGCACAACAGUAAUUACAAAUCUUUAUUCUGUACAUUUUGAUGAAAAGUACUGGAGAAACCCAGAAAUAUUCUAUCCUGAGCGAUUUCUGGACAGCAGUGGAUAUUUUGCCAAGAAGGAGGCUUUGGUUCCAUUUUCCCUAGGGAAAAGACAUUGCCUUGGAGAGCAGCUGGCUAGGAUGGAGAUGUUCCUGUUUUUCACAGCAUUGCUCCAGCGGUUUCACUUGCAUUUCCCCCAUGGGCUGGUUCCAGAUCUGAAGCCCCGAUUAGGCAUGACAUUGCAACCCCAGCCCUACCUCAUCUGUGCAGAAAGACGCUGAAAGUACAUGGAUGUUUUGUGGGAAAAGGCUGUCUGGUUGCCUUUUAUCCCUGAACCUGGUUUAUCUAAUCAGUAUAUGUGUUUGGGCAGAAAUCACAGCAUCAUACAGCCAAAUGAACACGGGCAUGUCUUUGAAAGCAGUACUAAAGUAAUAAUAGGCAUUAGCUAUGGUUUUUUCUAAGCUUUCAUGGCUCCUAAGGUGGGAUUAUCUGUGGAGGAAAACAAAGGUGCAAAUGACAGGUUUUGCUUAAGUAGGAAGGGCCGUGGAUGCCCUUGGCACAGCCCGACUUUUCACCCUCUUCUUGAGCACCAGGUACCCUCUUCCUUUCUUGACUCCAUCUUGCUCCUGUCCUGGGGGGUUUGCUUCCAAAUGGCAGUGGCAUUUCCCUUCUGAUCAGGUAUUAUCAUUAAUGGGUAGUGUGGUAGGGAGUCAACUUUAAUAGAGGAAUAAAGAAAUUAGAACCUAAAUAAAUGAAUUUGGAGUACAGAGGUAUUUUAGACACAGUGGCAGAUAAUAGAAGAAAUAUCUAUGUAUUUUAGAACCUGCCAGUGCUUUCAAAUCUUGCUCCCUGUGAUGUUAUCAUAAGAAUUACAUUGUUCUUGGGCAGCCCGGGUGGCUCAGUGGUUUAGCGCCGCCGUCAGCCCGGGGCCUGAUCCUGGGACCCGGGAUCGAGUCCCACGUCGGGUUCCCUGCAUGGAGCCUGCCUCUCCCUCUGCCUGUGUCUCUGCCUCUCUCUCUCUCUCUCCCUGUUUCUCAUUAAUAAAUAAAAAAAAUCUUUAAAAAAAAAAAAAAAGAAUUACAUUGUUCUUACAAAUGAAGGUCCCUAACCCCUGAAUAUUCAUUCCCAUAGCACCAGUUCAGUAAAAGGAAAUUACAAGAAUGUAAUUAUAAUAAAAAUGACCUCCUAAAAGUGAUUAUUAAUUCUUUAUGGGCAGAGACAUUUUUCCUAGUACCACUUUUUUCUUAACCAAUCUCAGGUCUUUUUUUUUCUUUUAAAGAUUUUAUUGAUUUAUUCAUGAGAGACACAGAGAGAGAGGCAGAGAUACAGGCAGAGGGAGAAGCAGACUCCUUGCAGGAAGCCUGAUGUGGGACUCAAUCCUGGGACUCCAGGAUCAUGCCCUGAGCCAAAGGCAGGUGCUCAACCAUUGAGCCACCCAAGCAUCUCCCAAUCUCAGGUCUUAAAGAUGGAAUUGUUUUACCUUUUAGAGUUCUCCAGGCAUUUUCAUGGAUUGCUGUUAUUUUUCUGAAGAUAACAAUAUACAAAUCAAAAAAAACAUGCUUUAGAGCCAGGGUAAAUGUAUAUGUUGGGACACUUGAGAAUGAUGAGUGGCUAGUAGUAAUGAUGCCAGGAAAAUAAGUGUGAACUAUGACCUAUCAAACUGGUAUGUAUAUUAUUCACCCACUUACAGUUUUUUUUAACAUGAUUUCUUCCAAGGUUGUACAUCAAGAGUUUCUACUCUUGUAACGUAGCUCAUGAAUAGUUGUAGCCUUAAAGCAAAUGCACAUAAUAACGACUUCUAUUAAGAAUAUGAAUUUAACCUUAAUAACCUUAUCUGUUGAUAUUUUCAAGUUUCUGUGUGAUGAAUUAGGAGUCUUUGCAUCUCCGAUAUAUUGAGACAUUUGUGGUUGCAAGAGGAAAAAGUCCUGGACAAAUUUACAUAACUAAUAAAGGAGAAAUUUGGUGGUAUUUCGGCAGUUUUAGGGUAGGUAUGACCUACAUGUUCCAUGGUAUAAUCAAAUAAAUGUCUGUUUGCAUUUCUCA